ACCGCCCCCACCAGAGAAUCCGUAGUCGGAGAAACAAUCACCACCAGCCCCAAAUGCUUCUCUAUAUGCGAACGGGUCUCCGUAGCCAACUCCUCGCGUCGGAUCUCCAAUGCGAACUAGUAGAUCUACUGAUGCUAGAGCUCGAUUCCCAAGGACUUAAAUUGCAAUCGAAUUGCCAAUAUUCACUAUCAUGCUUUUAUUAUUCCUUCUCCCGUCCCAAUUCUUUCCUGACACAACAGCGGCGAAAAACUCAUGAAGGAAUCAGCUCAGUCACCAAGGAAAUCGAGACGGAAGGGACUGGAUAAAUUUGACUGGCAAAUUCUGGCGCUCCUUCUCUCCAUAUUAGCGAAACUUGCUCCUCUGCUACUCUACCUCGACUCCUUUCUCACCAGCUCUUCUUUUCCUACUCCUCCGUCGCUCUUUUGCAUCCUCGUAGAGUUUCAUGACAAUGGCGACAUUAGAAGAGAUUGUCGGAGUUGGCAACCUUGACUACUCGGUUGCUGGUGACUCGUGGCCCCCUCCCCUAGCUCUAAAGAAAACUUCCCCGGUAGCGAGAUCUGGAUGUCGUCCACAGAUCGAUGACCUUUUUCAGCUUCGGACCACCACCACAACUACCACCACUCUUCUCCGAUGGGUCGUUGAAGAAAGCAUUUUCUUGUUCGUUGGGCUAAGGGGAAAGAGCUCGUGGAUGUGGCGACGAAUGAUUGGCAGCGGCGAGAAGAAGAAGAGGAAGGGGAAGCCUAAGCGGUGAAAUGGAUUGUAGGGGUUUUCACUUAAUUAAAACAAAGAUGUUAA